GAGUGACAGACACCGACACACAGACAGUCCCAGCGAUGGCGUCCCGGGGGAAAAGCGAGACCAGUAAACUGAAGCAAAACCUGGAGGAGCAGCUGGACAGACUGAUGCAGCAGCUGCAGGAUCUGGAGGAGUGCAGAGACGAACUCGAGCCGGAGGAAUACGAGGAAACGAAGCAAGAAACACUGGAGCAGCUGAGCGAGUUCAAUGAGUCCCUGAAGAAGAUCAUGUCGGGAGAUAUGACGUUAGUUGAUGAACUCAGCGGAAUGCAGCUCGCGAUCCAAGCGGCUAUCAGCCAGGCCUUUAAGACUCCAGAAGUCAUCCGAAUGUUUGCCAAGAAACAGCCCGGGCAGCUGAGGACCAGACUGGCAGAGAUGGAGCGCGACGUGAUAGUCGGAAAACUACCGAGAGACGUUUACACGCAGCAGAAGGUUGAGGUGCUCACAGCCUUAAGGAAGCUGGGCGAAAAGCUGACGCCAGAGGAGGAAGGCUUUCUCUCCGCGAACACGAGCGCCACGCUCAGUCAGUUUGAGAAGGUCUCGGUCAACCUAGGAGCUGGGGACAAAGUCUUCGCUCUGGCCAGCAGGGGAGUGGAGAACACACAGAAGUGAGACACCUUUUUAGACCUUUCACGCACCGCACCGUUUUUCCAAGAUCACGUCCAGUUUUCUACGUUUACGUACUCGGCACGACCACCUUCCCGCUUGUGUGAAGAUGUGUUGUUGUUGUUGUUUUCUGGCUGGUCUGAAUGUAAAAUUUGGAAUCGACCAUCCACGGCCUGCUACUUGAUAACCGCAGCCACCCCCCCAACCUCUUUGUACAGGGUGUGUGCAAAGUCCUGUUACCC